GUCACUUCCGUUUAAAAGUUAGCCCUGUGAGAAGACGCGUGUUCGAUAAAAGUUUCAUUUGACUAGUCGAAAUCGUUCCGGUUAUUAUCGGCUGUCGUAAUAUAAUCUUUGAUAUAUUUUUAUAUUUUCUUCUUGGUAAGUACGUUGAUAUGUGUUGUUUAACGUCACUAUUGUAAACGUAAAGUAUAUUAUUCAUUAAUGUAUACGAUAGGUGGCAUCAAACUUUUUAAGUGCUCCUAUUGAUAAAUCGAAGGCGUGUCAGAUAUUAAUAUAAGAGUGGCAAAAGGUAGCAAAUACGAGCUAGGAAAUUUUCCUCAAUUAUUUCAGUUGACUGCUUCGAGAUCUUUUAUAGGCAAUCUGUAUAUUGUACGAUUUGGGCGAUUACGUUACCAUAGCAAUGCAUCACUGCCUCAUUUCGCACUAUAGCAAAUCUCAAUUCCUUUAUCCAUCAUCAAUUGCGAAACGUUUAAUUAUGCACGGAGAGCAAAUUCACCCUAUACCCUAAACGAGACUGGCACAUGUUUGUCAAUUGGCUGAUGAUGUUUGCCUGCUGUCAGCUCUUGAUGUUCACAUCAAUAGACGCGAGUGUCGUAUUUAUUAAGUUUGAUGCCUCAGCGAUACGCGAGAAUCUUAUACGAAUCGUGCCUAGAUUUAUAUGCAUAGUUAUCCCUGAGGAUUUCGUUCAGAUCGAUGUAUUUUUAGUUGGGAUGUGUAGGAGAUGGCAGAUGGAUUAAUUUACUCAAACGUUUCAUUCAUAUUUGAUUAGCCGCACCCCUUUAUGUUACCACCUGCGGUUGGAUCAAUUGCCGUGAAACGCGGCUUCCCCGUAGUAUUGAUCAUAAAUGACGACGUGGCUACCAUUUGGAUUUACCAUUAUGUUACUAGUCCCGCUUAAAUAAUAGAAAAAGUAUUUGACAUUUACCAAUUAAAAACUCACGCAACUGCGGAAAACUAAUAGGCUGCAUCUUUUCAGAAUUCACCAUGAUUAGGAAAUGAUGAAGAGGCGAAGGGGCCUUAUUAUUAAGAUCAUUUUAGCCAUACCAAUUAUUUGGUUUUCGGCUAUUGGUGUAUCUGUUGUGUUUCACACUCCAUCGGAUUAUGUCUCCUUGGGAAAAGAUGACUUAGGAAAUGGAAUACAAAACUUGCAAAAGUCGGAUAAUUUAAAUACAGAGAAUGAUAAUAAUUUGAGUUUCGACCAACGUGUUGAAAAUGCCGAAAAACGGCUACGACUAAAUCACUUACAAGCCGAAGGAGAGCCUUUAGAAGAGGGACCAAGCGACGGUAUUCAUACGCAAGAUCCAAACGGCCCCGGGGAAAAGGGUCGACCCGUGGAUAUAGACAAAAAUAAAUUGUCGCCUGAGGAACGAGCCUUGUAUGAUAAAGGUUGGGAAGACAAUGCAUUUAAUCAAUACGCUUCCGAUAAAAUAUCUAUUCAUCGAACGUUACCCGACGUAAGGGACCAAGAAUGCAAAAAUGUAAAAUAUCCUAAAAGAUUACCUGAUACCUCUGUUAUCAUCUGUUUUCACAAUGAAGCCUGGUCAGCACUUUUACGAACGGUUCACUCGGUAUUAGACCGCUCGCCGCCUUCAUUAAUACGAGAAAUCAUACUCGUGGAUGAUUACUCUGACAAACCUCAUUUAGGGGAACCUCUGAAAAAGUACCUUAUUGAAUUUCCUAAAGUAAAGGUUGUUAGAACGAAACGACGGGAAGGUUUGAUCAGGGCUCGCCUGUUGGGCGCUUCUGUAGCCUUAGGCAAAGUAUUAACUUAUUUAGAUUCGCACUGUGAGUGUGCAAAGGGUUGGUUAGAGCCGAUGCUUGCAAGGAUAGCAAUUGAUAAGAACAAUGUCGUGACACCAGUAAUCGAUGUACUCGAUGAUAACACACUUCAUUACCAACAUUCGUCCGCCUCAGCUACGUCCAUCGGAGGGUUUGAUUGGAAUUUGCAAUUUAACUGGCAUAGUAUUCCAGAAAGAGAAAGGAAGAGGAGAUCGAAGGAUAUCGAUCCAGUAAGAUCUCCCACGAUGGCUGGUGGAUUAUUUGCAAUUAGCCGUGAAUUUUUUGAGUAUCUAGGCACUUACGAUCCUGGUAUGGAUAUAUGGGGAGGAGAAAAUCUUGAAUUAUCAUUUAGGACAUGGAUGUGCGGUGGUAAAUUGGAGAUUCUUCCGUGCUCUCAUGUUGGCCACAUUUUUCGCAAAAGAUCCCCUUACAAAUGGAAAACGGGAGUAAAUGUCGUCAAGAAGAAUUCAGUUCGCUUAGCGGAGGUGUGGAUGGAUGAGUAUAAGACGUACUACUAUGAGAGGUUCAACCAUGAUCUAGGAGAGUACGGAGAUGUUUCUGGCAGGAGAGCCCUUAGGGAAAAGCUUAAAUGCAAAUCUUUCAAGUGGUACAUAGAUAAUGUGUAUCCUGAACUUUUUAUUCCAGGAGAUGCCGUAGCUUCUGGAGAGAUUCGCAACGAGGGUAAUAGCGCAUAUUGCGUAGACGGUAUGGCUGAUCGCCGUUCCGCCGGUAAACGCAUUAAAGUUUAUAGAUGUCAUAAUCUAGGUGGCAAUCAAUAUUGGAUGCUUUCUAAAAAUGGGGAGAUCAGACGGGAUGAAGGAUGUAUGGAUUUUUCCGGUGGAAAAGAUAUAAUUAUUUAUCCGUGUCAUAAUAUGAAAGGCAAUCAAGAAUGGAUUUACGGUGACGAUUUGACUUUAAAACAUAAAGCCACAAACCAGUGCAUGCACUUAACUGCUGAUAACCUAUUAGCUAUGCAACCUUGCGAUGGUUCGCUUAAUCAGAGGUGGCACUGGAAACGAAAGACGCAGAAAGCCUCAAAUUGA